GGAGCGCGCGGCGGCAGCGGUAGCGGUGGCGGACAGACAGACUGCGGACCGACGCACGGACCCAAGGAUUCUCGAGCUUGGGAGCUGGCGGCAGUGCUGUGCGCGCCGCCUGGCCUGAAGGGUGGGCCACCUUGCCAUGUCGCUCGGCGUCUUCUGAACUAGGAAAGCCCGAGGAUGUCCGCUCUGAGGAAGGAUUCCCCACCAUCUGAGGCCCGGCCAUAGUCCUACGUGAUUUCUCAGCAGCUUGCGAACCCCAGCCCGCGCCCUGCCAGCCAUAAUGGGGACGGCUCAGGUUCUGCCCGGCAUCCUGCAGAAACACUGCUGCAUUUUACCAGACAGGAACACAGAGUCUCAGUGCACCCUUUGUGGCGAGCCAGAAGAGGAAGAAGGAGGAGACUUGGUCCAGCCGGGCCUCAGCUUCCCAGGACCAGCAGAAGAGGACAUAGACCAACAAUACUCAUGGUCUCCAACGACGCAGCACUUCAAUGAGGAGAGGUAUUCGCCCGCACCCAGGAACAUGAAAGGGUUAACUGGAAGCCGGACCCAGCCUCAGCUGUGUGCGGGCCAUACCUGCGGCCUGUCACCCCCUGAGGACUGCGAGCACCCCCACGACCACCUGCACCACGGGCCGGAUGUGCGGCAGCCCUACCUUCUCAGCCCGACCGAGAGCUGCCCCAUGGACCACCACCGCUGUUCACCCAGGAGCUCCGUCCACUCCGAGUGUAUGAUGAUGCCUGUAAUGUUGGGCGACCACGUGUCCAGCAGCACCUUUCCCAGGAUGCACUACAGCUCACAUUACGACACAAGGGACGACUGCGCCGUGACUCACACGAAUACCAAGGUAAAUCGCAUCCCCGCCAACCUUCUGGACCAGUUUGAGAAACAGCUCCCCCUGCACCGGGAUGGUUUCCACACGCUGCAGUACCAGAGGGCCUCCGCUGCCACCGAGCAGCGGAAUGAGAGCCCGGGCCGAAUCCGGCAUCUGGUCCACUCCGUUCAGAAACUCUUUACCAAGUCUCAUUCUUUGGAGGGAUCAUCCAAGAGCAACAUCAAUGGGACCAAGAGUGACAGUCGGGUGGAUGACCACCACCACAGCCACCAUUCCAAACACAGCAAAAGGAGUAAAAGCAAGGAGCGGAAGCCGGAGGGCAAGCACAAGUCUGGUAUGAGCAGCUGGUGGAGUUCUGACGAUAACCUGGACAGUGACAGCACAUACCGGACACCCAGCGUGGCCAACCGCCACCACAUGGACCACAUCUCCCACUGCUACCCCGAGGCACUGCAGAGCCCCUUUGGGGACCUCUCACUAAAGACUUCCAAAAGCAACAGUGAUGUUAAGUGCUCAGCCUGCGAAGGCUUGGCCCUGACGCCGGACACCAGGUACAUGAAGCGUAGUUCUUGGUCCACCCUCACGGUGAGCCAGGCCAAGGAGGCCUACCGCAAGAGCUCCCUGAACUUGGACAAGCCCCUGGUCCACCCAGAGAUCAAGCCUUCCCUGCGGCCGUGCCACUACCUCCAGGUGCCUCAGGAUGACUGGGGUGCGUACCCAACCGGUGGCAAAGAGGAAGAGAUCCCCUGCCGUCGGAUGAGAAGUGGCAGCUACAUCAAAGCCAUGGGUGAUGAGGAGAGUGGAGAGUCAGACUCCAGCCCCAAAACAUCUCCCAAGGUGACCCUCCGGCCAGAGCCCCUGCUGAAGUCCAUUGUACAAAGGCCACUUGGAGACCACCAAACCCAGAGCUACCUGCAAGCUGCCAGCGAGGUGCCUGUUGGUCACAGCCUGGACCCAUCAGUCAACUACAACUCCCCAAAGUUCCGGUCCAGAAACCAGAGCUACAUGCGGGCAGUGAGCACCCUGAGCCAGGCCAGCUGUGUGAGCCAGAUGAGCGAGGCAGAGGUCAAUGGGCAGUUCGAGUCAGUGUGUGAAUCUGUCUUCAGCGAAGUUGAAUCUCAGGCCAUGGAUGCCCUUGACCUGCCUGGGUGUUUCCGAACAAGGAGUCACAGCUACCUUCGGGCCAUCCAAGCUGGUUACUCCCAAGACGAUGAAUGUAUUCCCGUGAUGACACCCGCCAACAUGACCUCAACCGUCAGGCCAACAGCAGCUGUCUCCUACACGAACUACAAGAAGACGCCUCCCCCGGUGCCUCCGCGGACCACCUCCAAGCCUCUGAUUUCAGUGACGGCCCAGAGCAGCACGGAGUCGACGCAGGACGCCUACCAGGACAGCCGGGCCCAGAGGAUGUCCCCGUGGACCCACGAUAGCCGUGGCCUCUACAACUCCAUGGACAGUCUGGACAGCAACAAGGCCAUGAAUCUGGCUCUGGAAACAGCUGCGGCUCAGCGCCAUGCCACGGACGUGCAGAGCGGCUCCACGAGGACCAGUGACAAGGCCAUCCUGGGGUCCAAGGCUGAAGAGCUCCUCAAGAGCCGCUGCUCCUCCAUCGGGGUCCAGGAUUCUGAAUUCCCUGAUCAUCAACCCUACCCAAGGUCAGAUGUAGAAACAGCCACGGAUUCCGACACGGAGAGCCGAGGCCUGCGGGAGUACCACUCUGUUGGUGUGCAAGUAGAAGACGAGAAGCGGCACGGUCGUUUCAAGCGCUCAAACAGCGUCACGGCGGCUGUCCAGGCCGACCUAGAGCUGGAGGGCUUCCCUGGACACAUCACCAUGGAGGAUAAGGGCCUGCAGUUCGGAUCCUCCUUCCAGCGACAUUCGGAGCCCAGCACCCCGACCCAGUACGGGGCGCUGAGGACUGUGCGGACGCAGGGCCUCUUCAGUUACAGGGAGGACUACAGGACACAGGUGGACACUGCCACCCUGCCCCCACCCGACCCCUGGCUGGAGCCUUCACUGGACACAGUGGAGACUGGGAGGAUGUCUCCGUGUCGAAGGGACGGCUCAUGGUUCCUGAAAUUGCUGCACACGGAGACGAAGAGGAUGGAAGGCUGGUGUAAAGAGAUGGAGAGAGAAGCAGAGGAGAACGACCUCUCGGAAGAAAUUCUAGGCAAGAUCAGGAGUGCCGUGGGGAGCGCCCAGCUGCUCAUGUCUCAGAAGUUCCAGCAGUUUUACUGGCUUUGUCAGCAGAAUAUGGACCCCAGCGCCAUGCCAAGGCCGACAUCGCAGGAUCUGGCUGGCUACUGGGAUAUGCUGCAGCUGUCUGUGGAAGAUGUCAGCAUGAAGUUCGAUGAGCUGCACCAGCUGAAGCUCAACGACUGGAAGAUAAUAGAGUCACCCGAAAGAAAGGAAGAAAGGAAGAUCCCCCCUCCAAUACCAAAGAAGCCCCCCAAGGGGAAAUUCCCCAUCACAAGGGAAAAGUCCCUGGACCUGCCGGAUCGACAGCGCCAAGAAGCCCGCCGUAGGCUCAUGGCAGCCAAGAGAGCCGCCUCCUUCCGCCAGAACUCGGCCACCGAGAGGGCAGACAGCAUUGAGAUCUACAUCCCCGAGGCCCAGACUCGGCUCUGAGGACCAGCGGUGGCCACGCGCUCCUGGUUUUGUUCUUCUACGCAAAACACUUGUACAGUUUAUUGCCUACCUGGUAGUUUCUGUCUCACCCUCCACCAGAUUCGCCCUUGCCGUGUUCUCUGCACCGUAGACAGUGGACGCUCCGAUUCCUAGUUUGGCUGAGCUCAUGGCAGGAUUGACUCGGGAAGGACAUCGGCUCUGACGAACGGGCAUGGUGAGCCCUGACUUGCCGUCCUGUUCGCAGAGGGCCGGCCUCUUGAGAUGGAACCUCGCUUUCACUUUGUUAUUUCUAUUUUUCUAAAUUGUGUGAUAACUAGAGGUCACUACAAACGGGUGCAUCUCCCCACUCCGAGAGGCAUUAGACAUCCAAGUGGAAGGUGCUACAAUUCGAAGGGCAGGAAAGACAGACAAACCUGUUCCCUCUCAUCUGAGCUACUGUCCCCAACUGAGCUCUCCCAUGCCCCCACCAGGAAGCCCUGCCACCCCAGGAAGCACGGGGUUCCUUGGUUGACAUUUGUGAUGACAGAAAAGGGGUCUCUCCAAUGUCCCCACCAUGUGUUUCUCCAAAAGGAAAUGACAAGGAUAACCCCAACCCAAAAAAAUCUAGCAUAGAAUCUUUAUUUAUAUUCAAAGCUAAGUCGAAUGUUCCCCUAAGAGAGGGACCCCUGGAAAGGGCUGACAGGAGCCCAGAGAAUACAGAGAGGGAAAAAAAUCUAAGAAAUGGUCAUGGUAUUUUUAUCCCUUCGUAACUUAAACCAUUACACAUAGCAUUUUCUAAGACUUCACUGCUCACGCUACAUGUGCUUUACACGUAUGUCACAUGCGUCCUCCAACUGCUAUCACUUGACUUUCCCAGGGUACCUUGACAGGAGUUUGCUUGUUGCUGAUGACAGUUGUGAUGUUGUAAACUGUAUAGGAACUAUGAAUGUGAGUGGUAAGUAUAUCAGUUAAAAUGGUUAAGAAGAAAAAAAACACUAGUUUCUACUUGUAUUUUUCCAGAAUUCUUUUGGUCCUAUGCAGUAGUGCUGAAGUUAAGAAUAUGUUUCUUGCCUGUAUUAGACGUGAAAGGGGUGGGAGAAAGGUCAUGCAUGGUGAUUUCCAGCCAUGGAAUUGAAGGAAGGUUAUCAGUAGUCAUGACUCUGAGGGUGCCGAGAAGGGAGAGGUUGGCGCUGAUUAACCGGCUUCGGGUAGAUUAUAUUUACAUGCUCAGAGUCGUAACCAGACUUCGGCACAGGAGUUCAGAUGCCACACAGAGCCAUCUGUUCGCCCGUGGCCCUGAUCUCAGAGUUCAAGUCCAGGCAGGGUUCCACCCCAUCCCAGGUCUUCCCUCCUAAUGCUUAAGGAGCACCAUGCACUUGGCCAUAGGAGCAAAGCUUUCGACACCCCUGUCGUACUUUGUGUUUGCCCAGUGGCUCGCACUUUAAACCGUCCCCAAGGUCCCUUCCGGUCACUGCGUGGGUACCCAGUGAGGCAGCCUUGCAGCUGGGGCGUUGCUAAGACGACACCGGCCUCUUCCUCAUCCUCUACAUUCCACUACGCAUGGGGGGGCACGGUUGAUGUUACAGCAUGUCAAGCCUCAAAGUUUUACUUUUUUAUAAAGCUGAGUAGUUAAGAAUCCCCUGUAAUAGCAAAACCCUAUAAACCGAGCCUUGUAUCUGGUAUAUAUUUUACCAAACAGCCUUAAAAUAUAUUUGGACGCAAAAAUCAUACGAAUGUAUAUCCUUUAAAAAAUGCAAAAAAAAAGGUCCCCAAAAUAUUCUUCUAUCACUGAACCCUGUUUCCCCAGAGUGUUCAAAGCAUUUUCUACCUAAAUAAAUAUGUAAAUCCUGAGUAGCGUUAAACAAUGAUGCUUCCUCCUGUAUUCGUGCUACUGUGUUCUUAAAAAAAGAAAGAAGACUAGAUUGUAAGCAAUGGUACUUCCGAUUUGGAAAGUGGUAUAUCCUAGAGGAAAAAUCUAGAAGGAAUCAGAGGUAAAUAGAUCUGAUGUCCAUCCCCUGGCUGAAGGAAAUGCAGGCUGCAAAUGUCCCUGCUGCCCACACCCCUGAGGCUUUCUAUCUGGCAGCCUUUCCUGUCGUUUCUUCAAAUGUACACGGCAUAUGUAGAAACAAAUUGUAACUUUAGACAAUCAUUAUUUGUCUUAAACCCAAAACGCUAUGGACCCAACUUGAACAAAGUAUCCAUUAGAUUCUGGUUAAUUAUGUUGCCUAUAUUCAGUCUUCAUCUGACCUCACCCAAAGUCUUGGCCUAAACUUCCCCUCCCUAAACAAAUCUUCCUUCCCUGAGUUGCAGGGUGGCCCCUCUUUGAAGUGGAAAAAGAAGAAAACUAUGUGUCCCUAUCUGGUUUACUAGGUUCCAAAGAUUAUUUAAUGACUGAACCAACACCUGCUGCUAGUUCUGAUGGAGUGUUAGCUGUUCGCGUCCCCUCGUAAGUGCAAUGCCUUCCGUUCUCCUGCGGGUGACACUCUGCUGUGGAACAAGAAGAUAAGCCAUGUUUACACUGCAGCAUCCAAGCAAAGGCAGACCGCAUUGGUCACGUGUGCUUGCCGCCCCCUCCAGCUGCUUUAUUUCGGUCGCUUUCAGGAGAGUCGUGGUGUGGAGUUCUCCCGGGGUCCUCCCAUCUCAUCCAAAACAGGACAUUAAUGAAAACACCUGGCAUAGGGACAUGGUUGUCACACGGCGCCAUCCGUGUUCUCUGUCACAGAAUUCCUGUGUUCCUAGAGAUGCCGCCGAUAGCUGGAGAGACGAGCGUGUCAUCUCAGAGUCCCUUCCUCACACCGGCAGGCUGUUGUGGACUCCGCUGUGCUGAGCUGCGGAAAGGAAAGCGCAGCUGGAGAACAGGACCAGGGGGGAAAGUGCGACUGAGAAACAGGAGGAUCGGGAACUUUCCAGGGCAUCUCUGUCUGCUCCUGUUGUGAUCAUGGUUCCUAUAUAUUUUUAUCACCACCCUAGAAUGCUGUAGAAAGCAGCCAACUUGUUUUAUACCCAGAAAUCACCUCAUGGAAAAAGGAAAUGCCCACACUUUUAACUUCGAACCACAACUGAAGGCGUCAGACAUUUAAUAGGAAGAAAAUCUUUAAGGAAAAAAAUUACAAAUUAUUUCUGCCUGCGUCAGAAAAAUCGACAAAACCGCAAGCUGCGAAGUAGAGGCAGCCAGCCUUCGUGGGAAGGUCCAAGGUAUGACCAGAAUCACAGAGAGUACACUAGGCAUAUGAUGGAUCCUGUUUCUUGGGGUGUCUGUCUCAGUUCACCCCAUCUUUACUUCUGCCUUUUGUUAGCAUAUUGAGCAAACACUGUUUUUAACCACCCUAACUUAAAUCUGACGCCUCUGCACGACCCAUCCCAACCCCAGGACCCCAGGUUGAGAUGUCUGUGGUAAUACGGUGACACCAUGGACACGUGGCCCAGUGCCUGUAGCAACCAUAGAACUCCCUGCCUUAGAAACCGCGGUCUGGUUUGGGCCAACCUUUUGUUUGUUUGUCUUUUGCUUUUUUGAAGACAGAGUCUCACUGUGUAUAGUCCAGGCUAGCCUCAGAUUUUCAACUGUCCUGUCUCUUUCUCCUGGGUGCUGAGAUAACAGACACGCACCAUCAUACCCAGUCUUGAUCCAAAACUUUGGGCAGCAGAGAUGCGGUGCAGUGAGAGAGAGAGACAUGGACUGAACUUAGUAACUGAUUGUGGGGUAGUCAGGUGUGAGGCAGCCUUCUGGUGUCCCUGAAGAGCUGGAAGCCAGUCACCUUCCGACGGGCACACAGGUCAGGUUUCAGCUUUCUCCUGCAGACUCAGUCACCUUGCUCAGGGUUUCCUGACCACAACUCCAGGACGUCCACACGGACAGAAGCUGACACGCGGCGGUUCAGAUAGACUCAGGCUACUGGGUUAUCAGAACUGUACCUGCUGAUGGCAGAGGAACUCCCUCAGCAGUCGGAGAGGUAGCAGCAGUCCCCUGAGGGCCUGUAUCUGACUUGAAGGAAGCUGACUGGAGCAACACUGGGCAUGGGAGAACACUGAAGCCGUUCUCACUCCACCAGCUACAGGCUUGAAGCUCAGAACACAGACAUGUGCCCCCAAGUCACAGGCCUUUGUGUGCCCGCCUCACCCCGCCACUUUUUUCUCCAGCCGUGGGUGUCUUCUUGUUACUACUGCAAAUUUAACGUAUCACUACCCUCAUAGUUACCCUUAUCAUUUUUAUAGUUUUCAAACCAUAUUCACAGGAAGUUCUAAGGCGUUUUCUUUUUUCUGCCCACUCGCCGUUUAUACAUCUAAGUAGGUUUGGAUCAAACGCUGGGGUUCAAAACCAGUAAACCGCAGGCUUAAGAGAUCAAGACUAUAAUUGCCUCUGAUUUGCAGGGGCCUCAGCUGCACUGGCGAGCCAUGAACUUUGCACUAAUGUAUCCCAUUACUGCCCGUCAACGAGCGUGCCACGUCAGCCGAAGUCAUCCCUGUACCCUGGCGCAGCCUGUGCCGCCUGGGGGGAGCAGAAAGAUGCAGCCAGUUGAAGGCGGUGCACCUCCCUGUCAGGCUCGAUGCCCUCUACACAGAGUAGCUGCGGGAAGUUUGGGAUGUCAACGAGAAGGUGCCUAAAGCCCUGAGGCCCAGCCAAGCUGCCAGAACUUAUGCCCGCAAUGGCUAGUAACCUGUUUUUACUCAGGUCCCCCACCCCUGUUUUUUCUUCCAUGUGGCAUUAGUGUCCCUACCUCCCUCACAGACAGACACAAUGUAAGGAUGGGUGACAUACAGCCUCCUGCAUCUCAGAGCCUAGAGGUUUAUAGUGAAUGUGUAUUGUUUGGAAUUUAUGCUCUGACUCUAUAUGUGUUUUGUGGCCCCACUCUGUGCCGGAAGCUGGCAGAGCCAGCUAGGGCACCACAGGCAGGGAUAUUUGCUUUAGGGCCCUGACCUCCUGGGUAAGCAGGAGGUCAAACAAGGAUGCAGAGGGGCACAGAAAUGGAACAUAAUCACCAGGGAGUUCUUUUCCUGCUGGCUGUGACUUCAAUUUCUCUACCCACCCACGAGCAAGAACCAAUACCACCACUGAGAACUGGGCAAUGUCCUCAGCGUCCCAUCGGCUCAGCUCCCUCCUGGAUGAGAUGGACAGAGGUUAUCUAUGCAGGACAGUGGCAAGAGGAUAGUUCUUCCUGGAGGACAGAAGGCUGUGCGUGUGGAGUACGCUGGGAUGGACCCAGCCCUGUGGCACGGUGGCCGCGGAGGUGUGAACACCACCCCAAGACCCCCCUUUGCCAUCAUCCCCCUGCCCACUGCAGAGAUGAGCACACAGACGCUGAAGAAGCCUUUCCGUCCUUGCCACACUGAAAACACCACCUUGCGAUGAGUUGCUGUCCUAACUCUGACGUUUUGAUCCAAUGUUUAAAAAAAAAAAAACAAAGGACCCUGUUUCGUCUCAGCAGCUGACAGCUGACUCCGUUACAGAGGACAUAUAAGUUAUCUACAAAACUACUACUUUUUAAAAGAUUUUGUAUACACACAAACCAAGGUAACAGUGGUUUACCUCCCAGUUUUCUUAGAUUUUAGGAGACUCUUAAUCAUUGGUGCUUAUUCUGAAUUUGAAAGACUUGGGCUCCAAGACUUCCCAUGGGCGGCGCAAAAGAGAUGGUCACAGAGGAAGUUAUGGCAGGGUGUGUGAACCCGUGUUUGUCUUUUGAGCAGUGGUCUCCGUGGGGGGACUCGGAUGCAUGUCUGCAAACCCAGUGACGGAAGCCACAGUUGAUUGUGGGACCUUAGGAAGCCACUUGUCCAUAACCCCUCGUUCUCCACUACCACCCAACUCCAGCCGUCACCUUCAAAGGGCUCCACAAGAAUUGUCACCCUCCCUCCAUUUUCAGUUGGUUUGCCGCUUUUAGGAAGGUUUCCCCCUAAUGAGCAUCGAGAACUGGGCUACUUAUUCCAAUGAUAAGCCCGUUCCCUCUGGCCAGGUACCCUUCUGUAGAGAUACAACCCUUUACCCACCCUCCAUACUAUGUGCCAAAAUACCCAGGUGUGGCCUAAGGACUGAGUUUAAUGCCUCCUAUAGGGAUUCAAGAAAUGCUAGAGCAGGAGACUAGCAAUUUAGUUCAAGGUUAAAAGUAUAUAAAUAUAUAUAAAUAAAUAUACAUAUAAAAUAAUACCCACGACGAGGAUCGACAGAGUGCCAAAUAUUCACACUGUACAGAGUUACAUUCACCAGAACGAAACUAUUUUAUGUAAUUCUUACUCAUGCUUUUUUGGGUUCUUUUGAUAAAUUCUAUUUCCCAGCAUGCAGGGCCCUAUCUGAUGUAUUUCUCAUUGCCAACACAGUUUCUUCCUCCUCGCUAAUAAUUUGUCAUUAUUUUAAGCCAUUUUUAAAAGAUUGCCUGUUUUGUUUUGUUUUCUUCUGUGACUUUUCUUUCCACUCUUGGGUGACUAUGGCAACGCGGUUGCCUAGCACUGUCCUAUGGUAACGCCUCUUUCAUUCGAUGUCUGCAUUGCCAAUACUCACCUCCUGUACAUAGUUCUGCAAUUAAAUUUUUGGAGAAAAGUAA